AAUAAAUUCUAUUUACAACUCCCGCCAAAACAUCUUAUAUUUGCAUAAACCGGAAGCAGCGUUAGUUUUUAUUAUUGUCAAGCCCGAAAAAUUGUUCGGGAUGGCGGCAAAUGAUGGAGAGGAGGAUGCUACUGUGUCUCUGGUGGACGUCUUAGAGGAGGAUGAAGAGCUGGAGAACGAAGCCUCCGCUGUUCUUGGAGGGAGUGAUUCCGAGAAAUGCUCGUAUCCAGAGGGAUAUGUGAAGCGUCAGGCUCUGUAUGCCUGUAACACCUGCACACCGAAGGGAGGAGAGCCAGCGGGCAUCUGUCUGGCAUGUUCCUACAAGUGUCAUGAAGGCCAUGACCUUUUUGAGCUCUAUACCAAGAGGAAUUUUCGAUGUGAUUGUGGGAACGACAAGUUUGGGGAAAUGGAGUGCAAGCUAUUUGCGGAUAAAGAAAACGUGAAUACAGGGAACAAAUACAGCCACAAUUUUUUUGGCUUGUAUUGCACAUGUGACAGACCCUACCCAGAUCCAGAGGACGAGGUUCCUGAUGAGAUGAUCCAGUGUAUUGUGUGUGAGGACUGGUUCCAUGGUCGGCAUUUAGGCUGCGUAGUGCCAGACUGUGUGGAGCUGCAAGAGAUGAUCUGCCAGUCGUGCAUGAAUAAAACACCUUUCCUUUGGAACUAUGCUGCACAUAUUGAAGUGCCAUCCAUAACAAAAGUAAGUCCAUGCAAAGGAGAGGAGGAUGUGAAGGUGGAGGUAGAAAAUGAUGAAGAGGAGAAGAUUAAAAAUGAGAACCCGAAGAGCCCUGCAGAUGUGAAGGUGCAGGUCAACGGGACAUCCGCCUGUAAGCGGAAACACCAGGAAGAAACUGAAGGUUCCUCAGAGGAGGGUUCAUGCUCAGGUUGCAGGCUGAGAGAGAUGAAGGCGUCGGGGAGGAGCCAGACUCUGCAGGGUGCCGUGUUCUGGCCCUCUGCCUGGCGCACAAAACUCUGCACCUGCGCCGACUGCAAGAUCCUCUAUGCAGAUGCAGGAGUGUCUUUCCUCAUGGAUGAGAUGGACACUGUCCUGGCGUAUGAAAACAAGGGCAAGUCCACAGAGCAGGCUGAACAAGCAGGUGGAGCCGAGGGUCGUGACCCCUUGAUGUCGGCCCUAAACAACUUAAAUCGGGUUCAGCAGCUGGAGAUCAUCCACGAAUAUAAUGACAUGAAGACAGAACUGAAGGACUACCUGCAGCGAUUUGCAGCAGAAGGAAAGGUGGUGACGCCUGAGGACAUCCGUCACUUCUUUGAACAGCAGCAAAGCCGCAAGAGACGACGAGCCAACGCAGGCCAGUACUACUGCAGUUAAACGGCCCUUCACUCUGCCACUUCAAGUGUACGAGCCAUAUCCAAUCCUUCAUGUUUUCUGCCCCAAUCUGGGGGCCACCCAUGGUUUUGUAAAAUAAAUAAAUAUGCAGUUCAUAUUCAGGCCCUCAUAACCUUGUAUGAUUUUGAUCUUGUAUAGUGAUGUAUGACAGGUUCUGUGUCUCCAAAGAUGUAGCUGUAAUUAAUCCUGCCAUUUCAAACAGGGCUUGAGUUUGAGAUGACAUUCAGUUCAGCUUGUGCCGAUUGGCUCUCAGUGUCCAGAUGCAUUAUGGAAAUAUUCAAAACAAUGGAUUUAUGGAAAAGCACUUCUAUAAUGUCACAGAAAUAGGAAUGACAGUCAGUCCUCAGGAGCUCUCUCUUUUAAGCAAUUUAAAAUGGUGCCGUUAUUUAAAGAAGGCUAUUAGGACUGCAGUCAGUAUUCAUACUGUUCUGAUGAGAUGGCAAAUAUUCACAUUCAUGUACGUCUGGUAAAUAGUUCUACAGCAUAUUGGAAAAAUCUGUUUAGAUGACAAACCCACAAAAACGCUUUUUCAGGUUGUCGAGGUACAAUUGUGAAUUGUCUAGUAACGCUUUAUUCAUUUUAUCUUGUUUUAACCUGUUUUGUUUGUAGAUUCUGUUACUUUUUAAUGUUCUAUCUUUGAGAAAUAAACAUGGUAAUACA